AUGCAGUCCACUACUUUCGACGAGGUUCUCGGGCUUGAGGAUAAGUUCUACGAUGAUGGAUUUCGGCAAGGAUACGACGAUGGAGUCAAGGCAGGGAGAAUUGAGGGUCGGACGUUUGGGCUUGAAAAAGGGUUCGAAAAAUACGCUGAGAGUGGUCGCCUCCACGGCAAAUCAAUCAUCUGGGCAAAUCGCAUGUUGCAUUCACCAGAAAAUGUCAUCAAUGCCGACCAACGAGCCCAGCGUCCUCAAGCGCAAAUUUCAACCGAAUCACCUGAUCUACAAGCCUUUCAACCAUCCAACCUCCAGGCCCUGCCCCUAAAUCAAAGACUUGCAAAAAAUCUCAAAGUACUACACGCUCUCGCUGAAUCCGAAAGUCUGUCCACUGAGAACACAGAGGAAGCUGUUUCUGACUUCGAUGACCGACUGAAAAGGGCUCAAGGCAAGGCGAAGAUCAUUGAAAGAAUUGUGGGGGGAUACCAAGGAGAUGCAGUAGCUGUGGCAGGCAGUAGACAGGGUGGAGAUUCUUGA